AUGUCUAAAGUGGCUGCUCAGUCCCAGGGCAGUGUGGAAGAGUCUGGGACACUUUGUGCAGGGCAGACCUCCCUGCACAAGCCCAACGGUCUAUCCAACAGACUCACUGACGGGAGUGGUACAAGCCAUGGCAGCCAGCAGUACCAUGAUACAUACUUUCCGGAAGGGGAGAUGUUACUUCAGGCCCUGAAUGGCUUUGUGGUGGUAGUGACAUGUGAUGGGCUGGUAUUCUAUGCCUCUCACACCAUCCAGGACUACCUGGGCUUUCAGCAGUCGGAUGUGAUCCAUCAAGGUGUUUACGAGCUGAUCCACACAGAAGAUCGGGCAGAGUUCCGCCGGCAGCUGUCCUGGAACAUGCAACCAUUGGAGGAAACUGCUGAUCCUGGCCAGGUCUCCGCCAACAACAACAGUGUGGUGCCAUACAAUGGUGUCAUGUGUCCAGAAGGCUCUAUGGUCCUGGAGAGGUCAUUUGUAUGCAGAUUCCGCUGUCUUUUAGACAACUCAUCUGGAUUCCUGGCUCUCCAUAUCACUGGUCGUAUCAAGCAGCUACAUGGUCAAAACAAGAAACUGGAGAGUGGGGAGCGUUAUCCGCAGCUGGCACUAUUUGCCAUCGCCUGCCCUCUACAACCACCCUCUAUUGUGGAAAUCCGGACCAAGAAUAUGAUAUUCCGCACAAAGCACCGGCUAGACUUCAGUCCACUGUCAGUGGAUCAAAAGGGCAAAGCUGUGCUGGGAUACACUGAGAAGGAACUACAGGCUCGCUCCGGGUACCAGUUUGUCCACUUUGCUGACACCAUGUACUGCGCAGACUCACAUGCCAGCCUGAUGAGACGUGGCGAAUCUGGUUUUGUCGUUUUCCGUCUCUUGAGCAAAGGAAAUGUCUGGAAAUGGAUGCAGGCAAAUUCACGGGUUGUAUUUCGGAAUGGACGUCCUGACUACAUCAUCUCCACACAUCGCCCCCUCAGUGAUGAAGAGGGUAAGGACUACCAUGACAAGCGACCAGAGCCAUUCCGUUUCCCCUUCACAGGGGUAGCCAUAUUGUAUGGCUCUCAGUCCAAAAUACCCGGCAUGGAGGAUCCUCAGCCAAGAUCCAAACGUGCCAAGUCCAGCAAGGCCGCCUUGCCACCAAAGUUUGACAUGGUGUAUGAAGCAAGUAGCAGGAGCAGGAACCCUCCCAAUGUACACCCACCAUCGAUGGACCCCGGAUAUCCCGUCAACCCCCCAGAGCCAGCAAUGGCACAUUCCUUUUAUGAACCUCCAAGGAAUGGACACAGAAGCGAGAAUGGAAUAUAUCUCCAGACUGAAUACAGUCACAUGGACACACCCUAUGGGGAGAAUAUGAGCAGGAGAGAUGUCAUGCCAGAGAGAUACACCUCAGAAUUUGCCAAAUUUGCCAACGAGGAAGGAAACCUCUUUAGCACUGAUGGCAACAAGUAUUGGAAUGACUCUCAGUUUAGUUCAGCUGUAGAUACACAUUCUCGGUCCAUGUAUCAAGGUCGUGGGUAUGAACAUGUCCAUGGCAAUGAUUAUGAAAGUAGGUACCAGGGGAAUGUGAGUCUUUCUUAUCCUUCUAAUGUCCUGACUUCUGCAUUGCUCACUGCAGAGAGUGAGGCCCCUCUCCAUUAUGACGAAAUCAUCGAUGUUAACUCAAGGGAAACAAAGAUCACAAAGAUUGAUGCAAACAGCUACAGCGACCAACCAGCAAACAGCAUGCUAUUUUCGGGGGAGAUGAUCCUUCACACGACUACGGACACAAGGAUUCCUCCUUAUUCUUCUUCUGUGACCCUCUCCGACUUGUCAGCACCCAACCACAACAGUCCAGAUCCACUGCAUUCAUCAGAGUGGUUGUCAACAGGCAGAAGCAUGAACCACCUGGUGGACCAUGGGCACAAGGCCUGCCCAGGGUACACGCUAGGUGAAGUCCCAUACAUGAGUGGGGCCACACAACGCUUAUCACACCUGCCACCCAAUCCACAGAUUGACAUACCACGGGUAAGUACAGCGUUUUGCUUUCGCCAAGAAAGAUAUGUUUUUUAAGCAGUUUGUGUGUCUGUUUGUGAACAUCGUAACUCGAAAAACUGUGGGGAUGAAUCCUGAUAAUAUUCGGUAGGUGGAAACAAAGGUCAGGUUCAAUAAUGGACCCCCUUAUAGUAUUUCCAGUUUUGAUAUCUCCAGUUAUGGACAUCCUAGGAUCAUGAUUUAUGAGAGUAGAUUGCUCCAGGGAAGGAGAGCAAGACUUAGUGAUGUAGCCUAAGGUUGUUUUAGAAGCAGCCAUUUUUUUCAGAAUUAUCAUGAUUUUUUUGCCACACCAAUAAGCUGGGAGUAAAACUUCAAUAUGACUGGAUAUAUGAGAAUUCUUGUACACAACCAAAAUUAAACUUACUUGCUUACAUUUCGGUGUCUAUCAGACACCUUCCUCAGAGCUUCUGACUGGAGUUCUGCUUCUCGCCGCUAUAUGUAGCCGAUGUAGGUGGCGCUUUUGCGAUGAGAAGAUUAUCCCAAACGUGUCUAAGUUUGUAUCCCCCCUCGUCCCGAUUCAUCACUGGGGUUGACCUUCUUAUCCAUACCGCCUCUUUAAUCCAUCUGAGUAGUCUGUUGUCUUCCCUGUCUAUGACCCUUGAUGUAUGGAAUAGUCACCAUAGCUUUGGACUUUUCUUGUUGCUUGCUGCUCCUUUCUUUCUGCUUUGUUCUCUUCCUCUGUCUUUCCACUUUGUUGAACGCCCACUGAGGGUAGCCGCAGUUAGUGAGCGCCCGCUCGACAUGUUGUGUCUCUAGAUCUUUAUCCUGGUCUUCUGUGAUGACUGUGUUGCAUCGGUCCAAUGAGUGCGAAUAACUCCUAACUUCUGGUGUAGAGGGUGGUGUGACUGAAAGUUAAGUUACUGGUCCGUACGUGUGCUCUUUCUGUACAUAAGGAGUUUUACUGUGCCAUCCUCCUUGCGCACCAGAAGAGUGUCGAGAAAAGGUAGUGUAUCUUCGUUCUCCUCUCCAAAACGUAAGCAAGUAAGUUUCAUUUUGGUUGUGUACAAGAAUUCUCAUAUCGUAUAUUCUACCAACCUGAUGAAAUUAUUUUCAAUAUGACUGUAUUUACCCCAUCAAACUAAGUGCUUCAUGGCUUGUUACCUUUGCCAAGAAGGUGGUCCUGUUUGUUUUUCUUUCUGUCUGAAAAUUCAAGAAACCGUAGAUGGAUUAAUAAUUUCGAAAACAGGUGUCGGAAGGCUAUCCACAACGCUUUGGCAGUGGUCUGGGUCAACUCACCCCAGACGCUGGUCCGCUUUAUAUAAUAAAGUGUCUGAAAAGUCUAAUUAUCUUCGCCAAGAAGAUUAUGUUUUCUGUUACAUGGGUCUGUAUGUAGGUCAACAGCAUACUAGUAUAAGUUGAGAAAUUGUGAAUGAAUCUUUUUGACUUUUGGUAGGUAUGUAGCGGUUGUGGAAAGGCAUGCCUACUUGGAAAAUGGUUUACCUGGCGUUUUCCUACGGUACAGCAGCGAG